AUGAUUUAUUUUACAAUGCAACAAGGUUUAUACGGAAUUUCAAAAUAUUUCAAAUAUAAUCUUCGUCAAAAUCAAACUUCACAAACAAAUCAAAUUCAAUCAUUUAUGAUUCAUUUCAUUCAAUUCAAUGAAAAAUCUCAAAAAUUAUUUUCAAUUAUUGAAAAAACAUCAAUUGAAAAAUAUUUCUUAGUUGAAAUCAAUAGUGAAACAUUAGAAAUUGAAAAUGAAUUAUUAGAAAUAAGUGAAUAUGGUAGACCAAUGUCUGGUUAUUAUUUUAAUUCGAAAAAACAAUAUUUAAUUUAUCAUGUUUAUGAUUCAAAUCUUAGUCAAACUCGUUUAAUCACAUUAGAUUUAUCAAAGAAUCCUAAACAAAGAUUUAUUCAAUCGAAAAAAUUUGAUUUCAAUGUUUAUUCGUUAUCUUAUAUUCAAUCUGAUCCAACAUUUCUUGCUUUGUGGCAAUAUAAUAUUGUAACACCAUUAGUUGCUAUUCAAAUCAAUGAAAAAACUGGAAAACAAAUUCAAAAUGUCACCAUUACACCGACUGGUCAAAGAAUUUCUCAAGGUUUUAAACCAUUCUCAGUUGAUUAUCAAAAUAAAAUUCUUUAUGUUUUAUCAUGGACUGAUGAUUUAUCCAAAACUUUCAUUUCAAAAGUUUCUUUUCAGACAAUGAAACUCAAUUUGAUUACUAUUCAAGGAAAACUUCCAAAAGAUUAUAUCUUUUUUAAAAAAGAUUAA